CACAGACUCGAACACAUUUCUGAUGUCCACGCUCGCUGUGUUCAUCAAUCAUCUUCCAGGAUGGAUCCUGUGGACGGGAAUCUUCUUACCCGUCACCACUUUACUUCUGCUGAUCAUCACUGCGCUCGUCUACAAACUACAGCAAGCAUGGCACCAGCAACGCCGAGGUCAUGGGUUCCAUCCCAGGGGAUCGCACAUAGUCAGACACAAAUGUAUAAUACAAUACAAUAUAAUUGGAGAAAGAGUUGGCGGUGGCAAGGGAUCCUCGAGUAACAGCAUCUCAGCUGUGUCAUGGACGGCGGUACAGAACCAGACGGACGGCGGGACACAUGAGCGCAGGACUAACACUAUCUGAUGGUUAUAAAACACGAACAUCAGACUGAACUCGUGAGACACGUGUGUGUGUGUGUGUGUGUGAAGAAGAGUCCUGAGAUGCUCUUCACACUAAUGACACAUCGUAGGAUGUGAAUUUCUUACAAGCUAUCUGUGUGUUCAUGUAUUCCCCACAGAUGAUGAACUUCUGACUUGAGAGUACAGACAUACAUUUUGUGUUGUAUUUCAUUUCUUAUUUCCUUAUCCUUUGUAUUAUUUACUUUAGUAGUUAUAGAUUACAUUCAUUUCUAUCUAGUUAUUAUAUUCUAUACACAACAACACAAACUGAACAAAAUACACAACCGAUUCUGAUUUGAUGUGAGAUGAAGAGUGCAGGAGAUCAUAAAGCUCCAGAAGACGCGCACGUGUACACAGUCAUGAGUGCGUAAUAAUGUAUAAAA